AUUUCUGAUUUUGUCUGCAAUGUUAUUUAAGUGCUUCAGUUUUUCGUUCUCUGUUUAUAAUUCCAUUGCGGUGGUGAUAAUGCAAGUAUUGGCAUAGUUACCAAGGUUUAGGGUUUCGACUUCAUAUGUAGUUGUAUAAAAAUGCUACAAAGACUUUCCAAGUCAGCUCACCGGGUCCAAGCGGAUGGGGCAGAGUCAAGCAGGAAUAGCUCAAGAAAUGGUACUACGAACCACUAUGAAAAUGGUGUUCUUGCACCUCAGUCUCCAGUGGUAGCAAAAGUCGACCACCACAGUAUUGAGUUGUCAUGGGAACAGCCAAGCGAUGGUGCCAGUUUAAAAGGAGAUAAGAGGUUGAAGUAUGAACUUCAGGAGGAGGACCGUCGCACUCAUGAAUAUUCGACUGUGUAUAUCGGUUAUGGUGAAAAUUACAAAAUAGAGGGUCUUGACCCACUACAUGCGUAUAACUACCGCUUGAAAGUAAGCACAAGUGAUGGAGACGUGAGCUUCAGUCCCAAUCUUCAUGUAUACACAACCAAUGAGCCUUACACAAGUGAUCAACUACACAGAGCAACGAUUAAAGGCGACAUUGAAAUGGUUACGAAGAUAAUGGAAUCCAGGGAAGUGAAUGUGGAUGUACACGACAAAUUUGGCUUCACUCCUUUGAUGAACGCUUGUCAGAAAGGUUAUCUCAACAUAGUGGAGUAUCUGAUUGAAUCACGCGCAGAUGUCAACGCUACUAAUUCAAGUGGAAAAAACAGUUUGAUGAUGGCUUGUUAUUCCGGGCAUGGUCCAGUGGUUCAACGACUUAAGGAAGCUGGAGCUAACUGGAAUUCAGCUGACAGGGGUGGUAGCUCGCCACUUCACUGGGCAAUAGAUGGGCAGAACUGUGCAUUGAUACAAUGGAUAUUAGAUGAUGGUGCCAAGGUUGAUUUAAAAGCUGCUUCAUCGGGAUGGACACCCCUAAUAAGAUGUGCUGCUAUCACAGGAAAUGCUGAAGUGGCUGCUGUUCUUCUAUCUGCAGGAGCUAACGUCAAUGCUGUAGACCAUGAUGGCAAAACAGCCCUCAUGAUUGCAUCUCUGAAUGGACAUCUUAAAUUAGUGGAACUUCUCUUGGAAAGUGGGGCAGACACCAAAAUAAGAAGUGGACAUGGAAAAACUGCUCUCGAGAUGGCGAUGUCUUUCGACCGCAGGCCCAUUGUCAAGCUGUUUGAGGAGAUGCAGAGAAGCCAUACAAAUGUUACUACAACCAAGUAAUGCCCCGGACCUCACCUCAGUUUUAAUUAGUUCAUUUGUUACAGCACUUUGUUGUUUUAUCUGUUGUCACGUAGCCGACUGUGAAGUUUCCGCUCACAUUUUUAUAUCUUCAUUUACGGAUCAAAAGCUUUUCUACUAGCUUGUGCAAUGCUUUUAUAAAGACAAUUUUCCAGAUGCUUUACAUUGUUAAUUACCCAACUGCUUAUUGCUGGUUAUAAGGGCAAAAAAGGCAAUUUGUAAUAUAACAACAUUCCGUUACCUUCUUAAAAGUCUGCAGUUUUUCUUUAAAUGAAACAUAGAUAGGUUUGUAUUCGUAAUUGGUGUGUACACAUUUUUAUUUUUGUAACUUGUUAAAAUACAUUAGAGCACUGAUGUAAAA